AUGAAACAGCGAACGGACUACAGCAACAGCCACAACAACAACAACAUGGACUUGGAUGAUCUGUGCGCCUUUUGCCUCGAUCCCAUUCACGAUCCUGUACAGCUGCAUUGUAAACAUUAUUUUUGUCGCAGCUGCUUGUCGCUCUAUCGUGAGGCACGCAACUGGCAGGCGAAACGUUGUCCGCUCUGUCGUCGCAGUCUCGAGGCAUGCCCCAAUGCGUUGCAGCACAGCACGGUCAGCAAGGGCAGCUGGCGUUUGACCUUUGUCCUGCUGCUGGCUCUAAUGCUGUUCAGCUUGGGGCCAUUCUAUUUGCUGCUGAUCUACUGGUAGCCGUUUGUGGCAUGCAAGUCAACCAAUAACUACAUUUAUAAUUAUAUAUAUAUAUACAGUUAGAUAUAUAUAUAUACGUAUAUAUGUGCACGUGUUCUCUUUGUCGCCAAUAAUUUGUCUGCUGAAAUUUUGUGCCCUUUGUUUCCUUUUUUUUCUCA